CCAUUGUCUUUCAGGAUGGGAUCUAGGGUGGGAUCAAAUAUUUUUUUUUCCUUAAUCUGAAUACACAGCUCCUAGCUUUUAGCACAAAUCAAAGCCUUGAAUUGUGCUGAAAGCUUUGAGCUCUUGCAGUUAGUGCUCCGGCAUUCUGAUCUGCCAAUCUUUCAUUGGAUUGGGAGUUCCAAUUUCAUUAUUGGCUGGCACACGCGGGAAGUUUUCAUUGCACACCUGACUGAACAACGAGAUUUAACUCCAGCAAUCAUAUUACUGGCUAGCAUGGUCUAAAACAUCAGAAGGAACUGAUUUGCCUAAUACCAUGGGUAAAGACAAUCUCCCACCGACCACCCACAGUGUUGAAGUGAAGAGUGACCGCUGCUCAUCUAAUGACAGUGAUGAUUCAGAAACUCCCUCGCGUGAUAGUUUGGAGAAGGAAGGGGGCAUGCCAUUUUGUCGUGUGUGCCAGUGUGUUGAAUCUGACCAAAGAGGAGAUGCAGCAUUAGGGUUUUUGGGUAUUACUCCGCCUUCUCCUGAAAAAAGUGGUGGUAGCACGAACACCCUCAAUGUCCAGAGUGACCUGUCUCAUGCAAACAAUGCUGGAAGAGGAUCUAAAUUUAUUGAGGUUAUUAGUCCUGAAGGGGAGCUUUUUGUUUGUGCUGCUGAUUUGGAAAUGGGCCACCAUGAAGACUCGUUGCUAGAGCUCGGGUGUUCUUGCAAGAACGAUCUUGCGCUUGUACAUUAUGCUUGUGCGCUGAAAUGGUUUGUUAACCAUGGAUCUACUGUUUGUGAAAUCUGCGGACAGGUUGCCAAAAACAUAAGGAUUGCUGACUUCAAAAAGGUUGUCGGUUCUUUGAAGGAAUAUGAAGUGUUAAGGGAAAGAACAGCUAGCGGGGAACCCAACCCUUUACAAUUGCAUAUGGGUAUGACUGUUGAUCCUGAUGCUCUUGCUGCUAUUCGUAGGCAACGUCUCAGCGAGAUUUCACUGUGGUUUAGCCCACACCAUAAUAGCAUCAUCAACAACAGCCAGAGUAACGUUGCUUCGCAAGUUGCUUCUGAGCAGCCUUCAAGCAUUGUCAAUCAAGACAAUGGCAAUGGCCCUUCUGAAAAUCCUGCAGCAAAAUGGGCUGUUGAAGGUACAGGGAUUUUGCUUGCUACAGGAUUACUAACUGUCACUCUUGCAUGGCUUAUAGCCCCACGAGUUGGAAAGAAAACUGCUAAAAGUGGUCUUCAUAUACUUCUGGGUGGCGUUUGCGCCUUGACAGUCGUGGUCUUCUUUCGCUUUUUUGUACUUACCAGAAUCAAGUACGGACCAGCGCGAUAUUGGGCCAUCCUCUUUGUUUUCUGGUUUCUGGUAUUUGGGAUCUGGGCAUCAAGGACACAUGGCUCACAUACAACGUGAAGUCAAUCAGAAGAUGUUGUAGCUGCCUAGCAAAUGUAGAUUUGCGGGACCUUGUAUUUGGCGAUCGGAGCUCAAGAUUAUCUGUUGUCUUCAUUCUUCAUUUGGAAUUGAUCUGUUGUAUGGACGUACUGCAGCUAUUUCUUCCGGGAGAUCACCAGGUCGAGUGCGGACAGUAUUCUGA